AUGGUGCGCUCGAGCGCUCGACUCCAGAUGGUCACCGAGAACGUCGUGGCCGCUGUCGCUGCGUCGGGCCGUACUACCAAAAAGCGCAGUCACGAGAUCUCUUCCACGAAAACGUCUGCUACGCUCGCGAGUGAGUCGUCUCGUUCUACACCGAAGAAAGCCAAAACGUCAUCUGACGCCACUGCGGAUAACAAAAGCGCUUGGGGAGCGCUCUUUGCCCCUCUGAAGGCGAAACAGACCGAACGGGUGCGGCCACUGGCUGCAGUGCCCGUCUCGACGGAGCUGCAGCAGCGCAUUGACGCGUUUCCACGUUUCCAGGACGUCUCGAGACGAUCUGACGAUACAGUUGAGCUCAAAAUUGUCGCGUGGAACGUGAACGGUCUUCGAGCAGUCCUUAAGCGAGACGACAGUGUUCAUCUACGUGCCUAUGCAGCCCAGGAAGAUCCGGACAUUAUCUGUCUCAGUGAGACGAAGAUCUGCAGCGACGAGCUCCAGAAACUGGAAGACUUUUUGCCGCAGUUCGAGCACCAGUUUUGGUCCUGUGCAGUCAAGAAAGGAUACGCGAGCACCGCUGUUUUGUGCAAGACAAAGCCGCUAAGUGUGCGUGAUGAAAUUGUCGUGGGAAGUCACGAGUCGAAAGGGAUCGGCAACGAGUCUGAGAACAGCGCAAAGGACCAAGAAGGACGAUUCUUAGCAUUGGAAUUCGACAAGUUCUGGCUGGUCCACACCUACGUCCCGAAUGCAGGAGGCAAAUUGGAAAGACUGAGCUACCGAACCAGCCAGUGGGAUAAAGCCAUGCUGCGCGAGAUGAAGCAUAUGGAGAAGACCAAGCCUGUGAUCUGGUGCGGAGACCUGAACGUCGCGCAUCACGAGAUUGACAUCCACAACCCAAAGGGGAACCGCAAAAGUGCGGGAUUUACGGACGAAGAGAGACAGAGUUUCACUGAGAUUCUGGACUGCGGAUUCAUCGAUACUUUCCGCCACUUGCAUCCAGAGAAAGUGGAGUAUUCGUACUUUGGCUAUCGGCAAAACAUGCGCGCGAAGAACAAAGGCUGGCGACUCGACUACUUCGUCGUGUCGAAGGCAUUGAUGCCGAAUGUACGAUCGUCUUUUAUCCGACAAAGCGUUGUUGGCAGUGACCACUUGCCUAUCGGACUAGAGCUUGGCGAUCUCCUGUGA